AUGAACCACUUCCACGCCAUCCUGGCCCAGGUACAGACCCUGCUCUCCAGCCAGCAGCCCCGGCAGGUGCGAGCCCUCUUGGACGGCCUGCUGGAAGAACAGCUCCUCUCACGGGAAUACCACUGUGCCCUGCUCCGGGAGCCUGAUGGUGAGGCUCUGGCCAGGAAGAUUUCCCUGACCCUGCUGGAGAAAGGGGACUUAGACUUGGCUUUCUUGAGUUGGGUCUGCAACAGUCUGCAGGCCCCCACGGUAGAGAGGGGUACCAGCUACAGGGACCAUGGAGGCCAUAGUCUGUGUGCCACCAUGGAACUGGGGUCUCCGGAGGGCAGCUACUUGGAGCUCCUUAACAGUGACGUCGACCCCCUACACCUCUAUCGCCUCUAUGACCAGAUGGACCUGGCUGGGGAGGAGGAGAUUGAACUCAGCUCAGAGCCAGACACGGACACCAUCAACUGCGACCAGUUCAGCAAGCUGUUGCAGGACAUGGAAAUGGAUGAGGAGACCCGGGAGGCCUAUGCCAACAUCGCGGAACUGGAUCAGUACGUGUUCCAGGAUACCCAGCUGGAGGGCCUGAGCAAGGACCUCUUCAUAGAGCACAUUGGAGCAGAGGAAGGCUUUGGUGAGAACAUAGAGGUCCCUGUAGAAGCAGGACAGAAGCCUCAGAAGAGACGCUUCCCAGAAGAGCAUGAUAUGGACUCAAAGCACAGGAAGCUAGUGCCUCCCUCUAGGACCUCACUGAACUAUUCGGAUCUCCCCGCUGGGCACAUCCAGAUCUUCACCACUCUGCCCCAAGGACUCUGGCAAAUCUCAGGGCCUAGCACAGGGCUCUCCAGUUUUCUAAUCUACCACGGUGAGAUGCCCCAGGUCAACCAAGUACUCCCUUCAAGCAGCCCCACUGUCCCCAGUCUCCCCGAGUCCCCAGAUAGGCCUGGCUCUGCCAGCCCCUUCGCACCGUCCACAGCUGACCUGCCCAGCAUGCCUGAACCUGCACUGACCUGCCGUGUAAAUGAGACAGAGGACACAACAUCCCCCUCUCCAUGCCAAGAGGGUCCCGAGUCUUCCAUCGAGUUUCCAAAAUGGCCAGAGUCUGUGGAGCAGUUCCAGCACUCCCUACAGGACAAGUACCAGGCACUGUCCGAGAGCCCAAGUGGUCCUCUGGUGCCCAUGGAGUUGGUGCGAGCCAGGUUGGAAAGAGGCAGCAACAAAAGUCAGGAAAGGGAGCUGGCCACUCCAGACUGGACAGAGCGCCAGCUAGCCCAUGGUGGUCUGGCUGAGGUACUUCAGGUUGUCGGUGACUGCAGGCGACCACGAGAGACACAGGUGGUCGCUGUGCUGGGCAAGGCUGGCCAGGGCAAGAGCCACUGGGCCAGGACAGUGAGUUACACCUGGGCACGUGGCCAGUUGCCACAAUAUGACUUUGUCUUCUAUGUCCCCUGUCAUUGCUUGGAUUGUCCCGGGGGCACCUACCACCUACGGGAUCUGCUCUGUCCCCCAAGCCUGCAGCCGCUGGCCAUGGAUGACGAGGUCUUUGAUUAUAUUGUGAGGCAGCCGGACCGCGUUCUGCUCAUUCUAGAUGCUUUUGAGGAGCUAGAGGCCCAAGAUGGCCUCCUGCAUGGACCCUGUGGACCUCUGUCCCCAGAGCCCUGCUCCCUCCGGGGACUGCUGGCUGGGAUAUUCCAGAGGAAGCUUCUGCGAGGCUGCACCCUGCUCCUCACAGCCCGGCCCCGGGGCCGCCUGGCUCAGAGCCUGAGCAAGGCAGAUGCCAUCUUUGAGGUGCCCAGCUUCUCUACUAAACAGGCCCAGACUUACAUGAGACACUACUUUGAGAACUCAGGGAUGGCAGGGAAUCAAGACAAGGCCCUGGGCCUCCUGGAGGUCCAGCCUUUUCUCCUCACCCAUAGUCACAGCCCUGUUCUGUGCAGUGCUGUGUGCCAGCUCUCCAAGGCCCUGCUGGAACAGGACACAGAGGCCCAGCUACCUUGUACACUUACGGGACUCUAUGUUGGCCUGCUAGGCCCUGCAGCUCAGAACAGUCCUCCUGGAGCCUUAGUUCAGCUGGCCAGGCUGGCCUGGGAGCUAGGACGAAGACACCAAAGCACCUUGCAAGAAACCCAGUUUCCGUCAGUGGAGGUGAAAACCUGGGCAGUGACACAAGGCUUGAUGCAGCCAACCCUGGGGACCACAGAGACCCAACUGGCCUUCUCCAGUUUUCUGCUUCAGUGUUUCCUGGGUGCUGUGUGGCUGGCACAGUGCAAUGAAAUCAAAGACAAGGAGCUGCCACAGUACCUGGCCUUGACCCCGAGGAAGAAGAGACCUUAUGACAACUGGCUGGAGGGGGUACCACGCUUUCUGGCUGGAUUGGUUUUCCAGCCUCGUGCCCACUGUCUGGGAGCUCUGGUGGAGCCUGCAGUGGCUGCAGUGGCGGACAGGAAACGGAAGGUUCUUACCAGGUACCUGAAGCGCCUGAAGCUGGGGACACUUCGGGCUGGCAGGUUGCUGGAGCUACUACACUGCGCCCAUGAAACACAGGAACCUGGUAUUUGGGAGUAUGUUACACACCAGCUCCCUGGGUACCUCUCCUUCCUGGGCACUCGGCUCACCCCUCCAGAUGUGUAUGUAUUGGGCAGGGCAUUGGAGACAGCCAGCCAGGACUUCUCCUUGGACCUUCGUCAGACUGGCAUUGAGCCCUCUGGACUGGGAAACCUCGUGGGACUCAGCUGUGUCACCAGUUUCAGGGCCUCCUUGAGUGAUACAAUGGCAUUAUGGGAGUCCCUACAGCAGCAGGGAGAACUCCAGCUACUCCAGACAGCAGAGAAAAAGUUCACCAUUGAACCAUUUAAGGCCAAAUCCCCAAAGGAUGUGGAAGACCUGGACAGCCUCGUGCAGACCCAAAGGCUGAGAAACCCCUCAGAAGAUGCAGCUAAGGAUCUUCCUGCCAUCCGGGACCUGAAGAAGCUAGAGUUUGCGUUGGGCCCUGUCUUGGGCCCUCAGGUUUUCCCCACACUGGCAAAGGUCCUCCCAGCCUUUUCUUCGCUGCAGCACCUGGACCUGGACUCUCUGAGUGAGAACAAGAUCGGGGACAAGGGUGUAUCGAAGCUCUCAGCCACCUUCCCUCAGCUGAAGGCCCUGGAGACACUCAACCUGUCCCAAAACAGCAUCACUGAUGUGGGUGCUUGCAAGCUUGCAGAAGCCCUGCCUGCCCUAGCCAAGUCUCUCGUAAGGCUGAGCUUGUACAAUAACUGCAUCUGUGACACAGGAGCCAAGAGCCUGGCACAAGUACUUCCGGACAUGGUGUCCCUGCGGGUGAUGGAUGUCCAGUUCAACAAGUUCACGGCAGCUGGUGCCCAGCAGCUGGCCUCCAGCCUUCAGAAGUGCCCUCAGGUGGAAACACUGGCAAUGUGGACACCCACUAUCCCCUUUGGGGUUCAGGAACACCUGCAGCAGCUGGAUGCCCGGAUCAGCCUGAGAUGA